CGACCUGUUUUUUUUCUCGCUUUCAUCUUCUACUUCCCUGUGAUUAAGGUUGUCUUAAGUUAUCCCCUCAUGUGAUGUACAUGUACAUGUAAAUGUGGGCAGGUUGGCCAUGAAUAGAAUUCUGUAAUCAGGAUGGUGCCAAUUAGAAGUUUGCUUCUGAUUUUACCUAAAGGGCAUUACAAAUAUUGAAGUUUACAUCUUCUUGAUACAAAUUCUAUCAAUUGUAGUACCAACUGCUGACAUUUUGGAUUCUGAAUCAACAAUCGUCACACACUUACAUUUAUUGAGUCACUGUACAUUUACUUAAAAUAUCCCGUCAAUAUUAAUGUUGUUUAAUUUCCUGAAUCAUAACUUGCUUGAAAAUAUUCAAAAUGUCCAAGAAAUCCUUCAAAGUCUAUCAGGGUGUUUCCAGAAAAUUUUAAUGGGCUUUUUUCCUUUAAUAAAAUUUUUUUCAGUUUUAUUUUUGAGAUUUUAAACAUGGGAACAAAGUUGGCCAGAGUGAUUAUUUUCAUCAAAUUAUCAAACCAUCCAAAUCAAUGUUACUUUAUGGGUGAGACACACCUGUGUCUCCUUACUUCACUCAUCCGUACUUCCUGAUUCUGUGUUCCAAACAACCUCCAAAAAGCCUGCUUCUUUCUUCCGCCUCCAGCUCUGUCUGAGGAGGAAAUCAUUUUUCUUCCUCUGUAUUCUGGCACAUUCACCUCCAUUGCACACAGGAUUUGUUCACAUCUCUGUGGCAGUUUAAGAGAGAUGAUGGGCGACUUGAUUGUUACAUCCACAAGAACACGCUAAGCCUCCCCUGCUACAAAGCCGAUUUGAUGAAGGGACAAUUAAUGGACUGAGUCACUGAAGACUGCUGAACGUUCGACCCCCCCAUUGGCAGGCAGUGGUGGAGAUCCAUUCAUCCACCAAAACAAGGAAGUCACAAAAUUCACGUCUCACGCCACACUUUCAAACAACUCCCAAGCAUUGUCUUGAAAAAUAUUCUAUUUCGAGUGUUGCAAGACACAGGCAACCUCUUUAUCUGGAGAUGUCUGAAGUGAGCAAGUCUUGUAUGUGUCUUGGUCUUUGAUCAAUUCUUCUAGUCUCACCCAUUGUCAAUAUUCUCGUCCUUCUUGGAUGUAGGCCUUUUUAAAUCCUGUUGCUAUUGUUAGGGUAGAUAACAACCUUUACUUUCCUCUCAGUUCAUUUACCUGUAGUCAAGCAGACCUUUAAAAGGAAUUGGCCUCUAACCACAAAAAGUCCUGAUGAAUAGAAACAGCAGCGCUGAUUUAAUACCUAUCCCUGGAUACACAAAAGCGACAAGUCAACGCCUGCUGGGGUCAGUGCACAGUGAAUGGUGGUAGAGAGAGGAACUCAUGUGUGCUCACUGCUUCUUGUGUGGUUUACAGAUCUGCAACCGGUAGUAAUGUUUUGCUGCUGUCUGUCUACAAAUACUCCAGUUUGUGCUUAUAGUGGCAUUCAGCUUAUGGUGACUGAAGGAGUCUGUCGUUGCCACUAAUAUGAUGAAUUGAUAACAUACCAGAAUUGAUGAGAAAUUGAAGUUGAAAGUCAAUAGCUUCUUCUGUAUUGAUCUGUACUGUGUGAAGUUGCAUCUCCUUCCCUCCAUGGUCCAUCUUGGCGUCAUUGAGACAAUUGCCUUGUGCGUAUACCGAAGGAUCCCCAAGUAGUCUCAAUAGUUAGUUCUGAUGUGGAAUAGAGCUCACUGGUCAGUUUUAUCAGCAGAAAGCCUUGACUCGGUGGUUUCAAAUCUUUCUUGAUCCAAGUUUCCGUGGAGUAACCAUUAAAGUAAAUUUGGAUGAAAUAAACUGUUUGAAUCCCUCUUGAAAGUAGUCAACUUUUGAGUGAGGACAAGGUUAGAAUUCACUUGAACUGAUUUGCUGAGCCACCACCUGCAACUUUAAGCCUUCUGUUGAUGAGGUCAAAGUUUGAACCCAUUUGGAGAGAACUGACAUCAAACCAGUCAGCUUGUGUGUAGAGGAACUAGAGAUGAUUGAUAAAUGGUAGACAUACAUGCAAGACAGUACCUUGAAGAUGACCACAGGAUGUGUCAGCCAGUAACAAAAAUACCGCAGUUUGAGAAUGAAGAUCCCCACAUCAAAGUGACAGGGAAAAUUGAAAACGUAGUCACAGCCAAAGAUAAAAUCAUGGCAGUCCUAGACACAAAGAGUAAUAGAGUCACCUUAAAAAUGGACGUCUCCUACACCGAACACUCCCAUGUGAUUGGUAAAGGAGGUAACAUCAUCAAGAAAGUCAUGCAGGACACAGGCUGCCAUAUUCACUUUCCGGAUUCCAACCGAGGCUCUCAGCAAGAGAAAAGUAACCAAGUCUCCAUAGCUGGUCAGAUAGGGGGAGUAGAGCAGGCACGGGCAAAAGUUAGGGAGCUUCUGCCACUGGUCUUGGUCUUUGAGCUUCCUAUCACUAACAACCCCACACCAGACAUCAACUCCCCAACCAUCCAACAGAUUGUCCAGCUCUACAACAUUGGUGUUAACAUGAAGCAGAGGGCACGAGGCUAUUCCACCACAGUUACAGUCAGGGGAUCCAGCAGUAAUGCAGUGGGAGUCAAGGAAGGCACCAUGCGGUUGAUGGAACACCUCAUUGGAAACAUAGGCGUGACUCUCCCCGUGAGUACACAGAUAGAGAUAGCCCCACAGCACCAUCAGUUUAUGAGUGGUCGAGGUGGCCUGAAUGUGAAACAGAUCAUGCAGGGAACCGGCGCUACCAUCCACUUCCCUGAUCCCAACAAUGCUCAGAGGAAGAGUACGGUGUUUAUCUCAGGACCUGUGGAUUCUGUCAUCAUAGCUAGACAUCUACUCAUGGGCUGUCUUCCUCUAGUUCUGAUGUUUGAUGUAAAGGAGGAAGUGGAUAUUGAUGCCUCCAAACUAGCACAGUUGAUGGAGCAAUUGGAUGUCUUCAUCAGUAUCAAGCCCAAGCCAAGACAACCAAGCAAGUCUGUUAUAGUCAAGAGCAUUGAGAGGAAUGCUCCCAGCAUGUACCGAGCCAGACAGAUUCUACUUGGUCAGGAAUGUGAGAGCUGUGCUGCUAACUGCAGUAAUGCUACAAGGGGUCUGAAUGGGACGUCGCUACCACUUUCAGGUCUUCUGAACUCCAACCUUGUCAGUAUAAACACCAGCAAUCUUCUCUCGGUGAAUGGUCUCUCCCGAGUCAGUCCCUUACAGAGUCCACGGUCAUCGGUCAGUGGACCCAAUGGGUUGACUUGGCCAGCUGUAUCCCAGCAAUCUACUGGACUCAGUCAUAGUUUUCCUGCUGGAGUAACUCCAGUUCUGAUCUCCCAGCAGACCAUCAAGCCUCUUCUUGUACAGCCGGGCCAAAAUGCCCUUCAAAAUCAAAAAGUUCUUCAGAGUCAGAGCGCCCCCCAGAGUCAAAGUGCCUGUCAGGGACAAAACACCUUCCAGAGUCAAGGCACUCUCCAGGGUCAGACUGCCCUUCAGGGUCAGAGCGCCUGCCAGGGUCAGAGCACCCUCCAGAGUCAAGGCACCCUCCAGUCUUUCCCUAACCAAGUCCAGAACCCAACCCACAUUCCAUCCCUUAACCCUGUUCCCAACCCCACCCCAGUACCCAUUACCAAUCCUGCCCUGAACCCUAAUGUGAGCCCCCCUGUGCACCUAGGUGCCAACCCACUGUUCACCCCAACCACAGCACCAACUUCCCCUCCACCCCUGGCCAAUCCACCAUCAGCCCCCAUCCAGCUAGCCCCAAACAUGGCUGCCAGUCUGCAGGUAGUCACUCGUCCAGCAGCUGAGCCGACUCAGGCUUACAUCUUAUCAUCAGCUGCCUUGCCAGUGACAAAUACUGUGGUAAACACAGAGCCACAUAAGGUAGCUAUCCCAUCGGCAGUGAGGGCAAACCCACAAGCUGAAGCACCAAAGACGAUACAACAAAACACUAUGGCACAACAGCUGACAUAUAUACCCCAACAUAGAGUGUCACAACCGGAGCCACACAGGGUAAUAUACCCUACCCCACACCAGACAGAGGCACAGAGGGUCACGCAUAGCUCCCCACAGAGGGUACACCCAACAUCCCCACCCCCAGGAUUGACUAAGGCAGAUCCUGACCUACUAUCAACAGAGCUUCAGAGACUACACAUGGCAGCAAAGGCAGCUCAAUUAAUUAGUUCCUGUGGAGGAGAAGAGCUGACGGAACACAUUGCCCAAGCUUCUCAAAUUGACAGACAGCUCUCAAGUCCCACCAAAGACAGAGUGAUGAGCAGUAGCCAUAGCAACACAAGUAGUGGCACCAGUCCAAACCAGAGCCCUUGUAAUAGCCCCAUUGACCUUAUCUCCAUGCCAACAACCCCUCCUAUCAGCAGCAGCAACAACAAUAAUCCCAAACUGGUAGACUUGGGCUACCUUCAGAACAACAUCUCACCUAACAACAGCAACGGGAACUUGUCAGGAGUGCUGAUGGGCUCAGGAGGAAGGGGGUCAUUGACCCUUCUGCAGGAUGGAACCCUGGGAUUGACGGGAUCUGGACUAGCAUAUCACACAAAUGGCAGAAGAUCAUCAGAAUCAGGCGGUGACUCAGACAGCUCCGACAAGCGUGCUCCAGGAUGUGAGAGGCGGGACAGGGAUCGAGAGAGAGGAGAAUGGGAGAGGGGACGAGAGAAGGAACGACAGGAGGAGGUGGACAGGCUGGCUUUGCAGUCAACAUCAGCCUCCUACGGUAGUAUUGACUAUGACCAGAAGAAACUCAAGGCAAAUAAAGCUAUGAAGAAGAAGCCAAUAGGUACAGAAGUCCGUCGGCCGACUGACCAGUGGAGUGGCUUAGGCUUCUCCAAAUCAAUGCCGGAAUCAGCCAUUAGGGAGCAACGUAAACCUAACGGAUUCUCACUAUUCCAUACAGAGAAGCUGCCAACUACAUAUGAGAACACACUGAAGGAGGAGACUGAGAAUGGCACCACUGACAGCAGCUGGCCACCAGAUCAGCCAAGUCCGUCCAUUGACCUCAUGACCUGUCAACAACCUGAGCAACCACAACCAACAUCAGCUGCACCUGGAGAAUAUCCUGCCAACAGGAAAAAGAAAGUAACAUACACCAACCUCAGUUGUAGUAAUUACAUCGAGGGAUCCUCACUACCUGGACAGACUAAAGGCCUCUGGUCCAGCAGUGAGGGCAGUAAUUCACUGACACAAUCCAAGAAACCAGACCUAGCUGAUCUCUUUAUCAAUCUUGGUCUGGGCAAAUACGCUGAUGUCUUUCAACAGCAAGAGAUCGACCUGUCAACUUUCCUGACCCUGACGGACAAUGACCUAAAGGAGCUUGGCAUCACGACCUUUGGGGCGAGAAGAAAGAUGCGGCUGGCAAUUUCCAACAUGAACAAGGGUAAGACCAAGCCAUCCCUGUUCAGUGCCAACAAUUCUUCGAGUCUUCUCCACGAGGGUUCCAAUGGAUCCAAUGGUCUGAUUCAGUCUUCUCAUGGCCAUGAAAGCCCAACCAGCGUUUGGUAAGACAGUGAGUCCCAACCACUCCCGAUUUGUCCUUCUCCAAGUACAGUUUGGCUCAGAAAUCACCCGUAAGUGACCAUACUAAAGAUAUUGAUUUGAGGUUUGAGGUCGUGCAUCCGAGAGUAUGUCCUCUUAUGCUAGUUGUAAGUGAACACUUUGCACUUAAAUUGUCCUGAGAUUCAAAUACUGAAACUACCUUUGGUGUGAUAGGAGGUGAAAGUGUUGAAUAUUCAUUUUGUCUGUGUCAUUGUAUACAAAUAUUGCUCAGAAGAGCACCUUCCUGAAUAUUCAUUUAUAACUUGCACCCUGUUGGUUGUGAAAUUUCUUUGCACAUGAUUAGGUACACCAAGCAACAUUUUUCGCAGCGUAGAUGUUCUGAGGUACCAGAAUUUUGGAUUGAAGUAGUUUUCAACAAUGCCAGAAAAUUUGGUAGGAAAAGUUGUUGAUUGAUUCUGCUGUGCAAGUAGACCAGUCUGGCAAUGUGAGGUUGUUUUUACUUGACCUGAAUUGUGUCAGAGUCAAAUUGGGGUCAAAUUGGUGUCAAGUUGUGUCUUCCAAAUUGUUUGCACAGUGUGACAUGCAGUGUCACACCUAAGUGACAUGCACAAUAUAGAAUGCACAAUGUAUUGUUUUUGUUUUAAUAUUUUUGGCAAAAUAAGUGGAAAGUAAUCAAUUGUGUAUUUAUGUUAGGGUCAGGAGUUUGUUGAAUGCAACAUAUACAUAUUUCAAACUUCAAUGCGUUUGUUUGCACACGACAGUGGCCGCCGAAAUGGAUGCCACUUUUGCUCUUCUUUGCAACCAAACGGUCAAGCUGACCAUUGGCUAAAACACCGAGUGUCUUUCAAACAAAAUUGUGAAUAGUUAAAAUUUUUUAUGGACAUUAAAACUUGAAACAUAAAUGAGGAAAUGUCAAUAAAAACAGUGCUGGUUAAAAAGUUAGUAUGUGGUCAAAUGGAUUGAAGUUACAGUCCCUUUUGAAGCACAUUACAAACUUGCUUUUCAAGAAAAGCCUAAUGUUACAGAGGUUUUUGAAUGCUUGCAGAAUUUUUAAAAUGUUUGAAACAAUUUAAGAAUCAAACAAUUUAAGACUGUUUACCAAAUGUAAUAUUUUUUAUUUUUCUGCACCAGCAUUUUUGUAGAAACUAUUUUUUGCAAUGUGAUUUGCAUGUGCUUGGUAUGUCUAAAGCUGUAUAUUUUUGAAACUCGGGUUUUCCAAGCCAAAUGGUAUCAUCUUGACUAAAUUCUUGAGGUGCUUCCAAAAGCAACAUUUAAAAAUUGUCAAAGGAAACUAUUAAUGCCUUUUGUACUUAUGCUACCAUUCUGUAUGCAUUUGUACUUAUGGUACCAUUUUGUAUGCAUAGCCAUUUGUAAGUAGGAUUUCUUUAUAAAACUAACUAACUUUUGAAUCUGCUGAUCAAACUGUGUGGUUUGUUUAGCAGUGACAAACCUUUUUGGUAUCCAAGCAUGCAUUGUUUUUAAGGGUCAGUUCAUAUUCAUUACUUCCUAGGUGUGCCAACAUAAAUUGGAAAACACUGUAUAAAGUCUUGGCUGGUUGUAGGAACAUCCUGGCAUUUGGUUAUCACGUUCCUCGGUGGUCACCCAAGUGGCAUACAUGUACCUACAUCAAGCAGUUAGAUUGUUGAGAUUCUGUCCAGGUAUUCUGGAUGUCACAAUCCAGCUUAUCUGGAUCUCUAGAGAACACAUAUUUGUAUGAACUCUCUCAAAGUAUUGCUAUGCCAUUAAACCUAAAAGCAACAAGAGUACUUGUAUAAAGUCAUGGAACUAGUUCCAGCUGUUUUUAAUCAUCAGUUCUUGAACAAAUUUGGGGUUCGUUACUCAUUCUCAGGAAAUGAUUGGGGAGAUAAUACAGUUGUAGGUUUGCCAAUUUAAUGAAUUCAUCACAGCAACAAUGACCAUUUACAUUCGUAAAUGGGCACAUUUUCAACCUGUUCACUGUUACCUUUCAACAUCUGCUAUGAAUUUAUUACCAACUUUUAAAGCAGUCCCUAUACAUGUAGUUUACAAAGAUGUGUAGCAUUGUAGAGAAGAUAUUGGAAAGGUUGCUUAGCAACAAGACACAAUGGGAAAUUCAUUGUCAACUUAGGUAUUGCCAUGAUAUGAUAGUCCGUCCUUUGUACAUUCAUUUUUGUACACCCUUGUCAAUGUCUCGUCCACACCCAGUAGGUUUAGUUUGCAUAUUAAUUGUAUACAUAGGAAUUCUUUUUUGUUUCUAAAGUGUGGAAAUGUUUCUUGGACCACAAAAUAUACAUACAAAUUUUCAUGUUGUAUGGAAUACAUGGGGCAGCCUUUUUGCAAAAUAUUUGGGCAGUGAGUUUUGGAAUAAUUAUUUGUUAAGCGGAGAAAUAUUGAAAAUAACAGAAUUAUCAGGAAAUAAUGUUGGAAUUAUUUUUUUUUAGGUACAUUAACUUUACUCAGACAUGGUUUACCUUAGAUUUCAUGAUGGGCAGAUGUCAAUACAUUGCUGUUCACUUAAAAAAAAUGCUUUGAAAUGGUACUUUACUUUCAUGACACUUUAUACGGCUUUUUAGAACAAUUUUUUCAUUGGGACGUACAGUGAAGUUUGAACAUUCAAUUGCUAAAUUUUGAAUUUUGAUUUUAUAAAUAGGUUUUCCGCAGAUUACCAUGCACUUCAGUUUUUGGAUGACAAAAUGUAAGUCCUAAUGACAAUAAUUUUUGCAAGUGUUCAUCUGAUUCAAAGUUUAGGGUAAGUAUUUAUCCUUACCCUAUAAGAAGUGGGAGGGAUAACCAGACAGAUUUUUAAGUUAGCAAGAAACUUGACUAUGAUAUAAGGUUAACAUUCAAUGAAGAUAUGGCAUAAUUAAUGACAGAAACUUGUUUGGUUACAAGUACAAAUUGAAGGACACUAGGGCUGAUUUUUGUUUUUGUAAGGAAGUUUCCCCAAGAAAAUUGAUUCCUUGUCACUUUGUGUUGAACAUGAGUGCGUUCAGUAGAAGUCUUCCUUAGCAGUCAGGUUCACCUCGCCUGCCGAUGCUUAAUAAACAACUUCUCGCCUUCACAGAAGUGGAGUAUUGUCACAUUGACGAGAUUAGUAGCACCCAACAAUGCAUGAGAGAGUUUGAUAUAUUAGCAAGAUGAAGACAGGAUGGAAUGACAAAGUAUCCUGUCAGAGGAACAAGAUGAAGCCUGUCAAUUCAACCACCUUGUAUAAAACCUUGUCAGUUAAAAACUCAGUUUCUCAGUAGGAUGAGAAACUUUAAUAUGAGGUAGUCAUGUGAAAAACUGCUAACGUAAUCACAUAAAGAGAUCUGAACAUGGUGUCUAGAGCAAUGAACACUGGCUGAGGAUUGAUCCAAGCCAUCAUUACCAUUAUAGUAUUUCCUUUUUUGCGUAGACAAGCUUUAAACUUGAGUGCUACUGAUAUUGGUUUCUUUUUUUGUUAAAGUAGAUUAAAAUAAUAUAUGCAAUCUGCCUUUGUCUUGUUGAGAAAAUUAAGUAUUUUUAAUAACAUUUGUGCGAACAAUCAAAGAAUUUUAAGGCAACAUCUGUGUACUAUUUGUGUUACAUUUUGAUAUCGUGUUCUGUAAAUAUAUUUUGUAUAUGAAAUCAUAUUUCUUCUUUAUAUUCAGUGAACAAUGCCUUUUGAUCAAACUUUUAAAUUCCCAAUCAGCUCAGAAGAGCGGCAGUAUUUUGUCACAACUUUCCUUGUCUUCUUCAGAGGCGGAGUAGUUUUAAAAUUCGACUUUUGAACUCCUGGUUGGGAAAUGUAUAUUGAUUGCAUUUCGACAAAGGGUAUUUUUAAAUUCCAAAAUGCAAUUAAUGUAUUGUGUUAAAAAGUUUCUCGUUUCAUUUCUGUUCAGGAUCCAAUAUGUCUAUCAUUGCAUUCUUCGUAGAAGUACAGUAUUUUAUAAGUACGGACAAACAUUUCCCUUUAUCUUCCAAAAACUGGGAAUCAUUCAAUCCUGCUCGAUCUGACAUUCCGUUCCAUUUAAUGUUGAAAGACAAUCUGAUCCUCGGUCAGGAGACGACUUACAUGAAGAAAAUGCUGUGAACCUAUUUAGGGCCUACUGUCGACAGUAAAAGAGUGAUAUGAAGCAUAUACAUGUAGUAGAUUUCAAACCAUGUUCACCAAGGGAAUAAACGAUGAACAUUGAUUUAUAAAUUAGAUUAAUAAAAACCUUUCACAUACCCGCUACUAUACUUCUUAUUUGCGAGUGUGGAUGGCAGGCGGAUGCAAUAAUGUUCUCUUGCUAGGUUGGAAAAAAGUUCUUUGGUUUAUUUGGUUAGAAAAUUGCACCCAUCUUGAAAUCCAUAAAUGGAAGCAGAGCUUGUACUGUAUAUGUUGUCUGAUAUUUCCUUGGAUUUAUCCAGUCACGUUUAAACAUUUGUUACUUUGUACGUAUAUUUUUAGCAAAAGAUAAUUUAUUACCAUCUUGAAGUUUGUAGAAAGCACUAUUGGCCACCGAUUAACAAGAAAUUUAUUUAAUAGCCGAGAAGAAUGAAUAAUGUUGAUGAAAAUGUGACAUUUAAAAGUACAGUUUGUAUUAUGUAAAUUUUGAAGUAAAGAAUGACUCCCUCGAA